AUGUACGUGGUCUUUUUUUGUCAGCGGCAACAACCAACCUGCAUUAAUCAAAAUUAAAAAUGGCGGCAAUUAUACCUGGUCACCUUUGGAUAUUGAGUCAAAUUCUCUAGUUUCUUGUUGCAAGCAGUGGUAAAAUGAGCGAAUUCAGAAUACAUCAUCAUGUUUCGCAGCUGUUGGGCUUAUUAGGAGCCAGCACUGGAGAUGGCCCUGAAGUGUAUGCUGAAAUGUUGACCAAGAACUUGACCCCGUAUGUGACAACACAGGUAUCAGCACACGCAGCUAAGAAGAAGAUAGCUGAAACAAGUACAACUCCAAGGGACUUUUUAAAGAAAUAUGAUGAACUGAAAUCUAAAAAUGUCAGAGAACUCGAUCCUUUGGUUUACUUGCUCUCAAGACUGGCAGAAGAUAAACAGAUGCUAACUUUCCUUGAAAAGAACUCUAAGGAUCGUUCAAAGGCACAUCUGGUGGCUAUUUCAAGUGGAGCCAAAAGUAGUGCUUUAGCAAAAGCUGAUGCCAUACAGGAUAUCAUACCUGCAUCUGGUCCUAUGUCACAACAUGAACUGAAUGAACUACGCACUAAGCUGGCCUCUGUCACAAGCAGUGCCGGUCAAUCAGGAUCAUCACCAGAAGCUGUGCUGAAAGCCUUGAGAGAGAAACAAGCAAAGAGGACUGGGAAUUUACCACCCACUCCUUCUUGGGUCAGUGAACGGCCUUACUUAAGCAGAGACUAUGUUUCUGGACCGGGCAUAAGUCAGUCCACUCCACCUGUGUCAGUUGGUACAUUACCUCUACCAAUGCAGGAGUUAGCUAUAGUGGAAGAUCUUUUGUUCCUCAUGAUGGGUGUGGAGGGAAAAUAUUUGCUUGUCAAACCCCUCAAAGACAAGUACAGUGCAAGAAGUUUCACCAUUGACAAGACUCUAGAGAUAACACUGUUGGAGCUGGUGCAAAGGAUACUACCAGUCUGCUCUCACUACUCGACCAUUUGCAGAUUCAUGGAAGCAAAAUCUUCCUUUGAACAUGGUCUUGUAAAUCAUGCUUUAUGUGCUGCAAUGAGGACAUUAUUGAAGGAAUAUCUCAUUCUUGUAGCCCAAUUAGAGCAUCAGUUUAGACUGGGUCAGCUGUCAUUGCAGAAACUGUGGUUUUAUAUUCAGCCUUGUAUGAGAACUAUGGAGAUACUGUCAUCUAUAGCAGUGGCUAUUGACAAGGGAAGUUGUAAGGGAGGUGCAGUGUUGACACUGUUACAUGAAAAGACUGUAGGAUAUACAGGGGACAGGAAAUCCCAAGAUCUUUGCUUGUUCCUCACUCAGGCAGCCUGUGUUCCAUAUUUUGAUAUCCUCGAGCAGUGGAUUUACAAAGGAAUUAUUAGUGAUCCUUAUUCUGAGUUCCUUGUGGCAGAACAUGGUUCCAUUCAAAAAGAGAAGGUCACUGAAGAUUACAAUGAUGCCUACUGGGAGCAAAGAUACACUGUUGUGAGAGAGAACAUUCCUGUAUUUCUGGAAAAGGUGGCACAAAACAUUCUCAGCACAGGGAAAUACUUGAAUGUUUUUCGACAGUGCGGUCAGAACGUCCAAUGCCCAAACGCUGAUGAGAUUAUUUACACACUGAAUGAGAGAGAAUACGUUGAAAAAAUUGAAAAGGCUUACAGCUAUGCGAGCAAGACACUCUUGGAUCUGUUGAUGGAUGAAAGGGCAUUGAUGGCUCGAUUGAGGUCUAUCAAGCAUUACUUCCUCAUGGAUCUAGGAGAUUUCUUUGUUCAAUUCAUGGAUCUAGCUGAAGAUGAGAUGAAGAAAAACAUGGAUGAUAUAAUGCCUUCCAGACUGGAAACAUUGUUGGAGUUAGCUCUAAGGACAAGCACAGCAAACAAUGAUCCAUACAAAGAUGACCUAAGAGUUGAUUUGCUUCCCUAUGACCUCAUUACUCAGCUCUUUCGUAUUUUGUCGGUGGCUUAUGACAGUAAAGGUACAACGACGUAUAAUCAGGAUCCCAUUGAACUCCAGAUAUCAGGACUUGAAGCUUUCUCAUUUGAUUACGUGGUGAAAUGGCCCGUUUCGUUAAUUCUUAGCAAAAAAGCUCUCACGAAAUACCAGAUGCUGUUUCGACAUUUAUUUUAUGCCCGUCAUGUUGAAAGACAACUGUGCAAUGUUUGGGUGAGCAACAAGCGAGCAAAGCAGUUUACUCUCAAUUCCUCCCCAUGGUAUGCGGCUGCGUUUGCUCUUCGACAGCGGAUGCUGCACUUUGUACAGACGUACGAGCACUAUAUGAUGUUUGAGGUUCUGGAGCCCAGCUGGCAUGUUAUGGAGAAAAGUCUUAAAACGGUUACAAAUAUCGAUGGUGUAUUAGAAAACCACAACGACUUUUUGGACCGCUGUUUGAAAGACUGUAUGCUGACAAAUAUAGAACUGCUGAAGGUUGUUAGCAAGUUGAUGCUGGUUUGUGUGACAUUCACGAAUUGUAUGCAGGUAAUGAUGUUAUAUGUUCUGUGAAGGUGUAGUCUGAUCGUCCGGGUGAGUGUAGUC